CCGGAUCGGGGAGAAGAUCCUUUCACAGUUGUUAAAGUUCACGUGUGACAGAACGAUGAUUUAGCUACGCUUGCCUCCUCGUUGUCCGCACAGUGUGGCGGCUUGACCUUUGCGCACGUCAUCCCGCUGGGCAGUAAUCGCUGGAGCGCCCGUGCCUGCAGUUGGACUGGUGUGUCUGCUACCCAGGCACUGGGUCAUGAGCCAGGGGGCUACUGCGUGCCCACCGUGUGCCCACCGUAUUCCCACUGUGUACCUACCAAGACUUUUUUACCGUUCGAUGGGCAUCAAGGUUUGAGAAUCGGUGCAGGGAGAACUAUAAGGCACAGAUUCAUUCAAAGAGUUCAUAUAGCAACUGUGUGGGAGGCCCGACUAUGCUGAGAGUCGUGUAUAAUGAAUACAAGGGGUACUGUAUAGCGAAGAACGGGUGCUUUGACGAGUCUGAGAACAACGACGAGGUUACGACGGAUGGCUUUGAUCAGUUCGACUGGAGUGAACAUCAAGAUGAAAAGACACCAAAGAGUUACUAUGACUCUUACACUGUUGAGGCGGAUGAUGCUGAGAAUGAGAGCAUGUAUGCAGAUGAAUCAGACGUGGCUCUCAACCACCAAAGAGAUGGCGGUUUCAGUAUGCGUAACGUUGAAAGUGAAGAGGUAAAGAAUAAGCUGCCUCCUAAGAGCAAGGCUCUAUCGAAGCAUCAGCGGAAGCUUGAAAGGAAAAGGGAGAAGAAAGCACAGAAGGGCAUAAAGGGCUCGAAGAAGGAUAAAAAUACGCAUUACUCCUUUGACAAUGUGGCGUCUGAUGCUAAGAGCGUGAAAGUAUUGAACAAUUUAUACGCUGAGAUCAUCUCAGUUUCGGGAAAGAAGCGGUUGGACGAUAAGAUCUUACAGUUCUUCGAUGUCUCAAUAUAUGGCGAGGACUUGGUCAAUCUCAAAGAUGACGAGUGGUUCAACGACAAUGACAUCUCGUUCGUAUAUGAAUAUCUAGAGAGAUAUCAGUUAUCAAAAUACGACAAGCUCGUGUCGAGCGCCAUACAACUGGUGAGACCCUCGAUGGUUUACCUCCUUGCUCAGACGCCCGAGCCACAGCAAUUGAGGGGGGUAAUUCCGCCUCUGGAGAAAGGGAAAUUCCUGUUUCUGCCUGUCAAUGAUAACGAUGACGUUGAAGCUGUCUGUGCAGGCUCUCAUUGGUCCUUGGUUGUCAUUAGCAUGUUGGACAAAGUUGCCAUGGUCUACGAUUCGAUGGAGCAAGCAAACGAAAGAGAGGCUAGGGAUGUUAUCAGUAAAGUGGAGGAUUACUUGAACGAUGGAACAAAGUUCCAUGUCCGUCUUAUGUCCACUCCACAACAACUCAACGGAAGUGACUGUGGUGUUAUCGUUUCGCAAAUCACUGGGUACUUGACCUCAAAGCUGCUACAGUUAGACUAUCUCCAGGAGCAUUAUGUAGAUAUGUCCUUGGAUAAAGUGCACCUGUCUUCAAUAGAUGGGAGGAUUUUCAUAAUGGGAACACUCCUAAAUGUCUUGAAGCAUAAACUCAACAAAGCAUAACAAAUCAUGUACAUAAUGUUUUCCCUAAAUUAGAUAUACAAACGUGAUACGUGUCACUGAUGACGAUUACUGUAUGAUCACGUGGUGCUUCACAAUGUUUACAAGAAUAUUUCGAGCGACAAGCGUCAUUCUAUAAAUAACGAG